AUGGAUUCUGGCAAGACCCCGAUAGAGCCAGCCGAAGGGACGCCUGAAUCGGACGAGUUCGACUUUGUCUCGGACUGGGACAAGCUGAGCAUACCGCCUCGCGACGCAGGGUCGAACGUAUGGCAACAUGUGUAUGAGGGCGGUCGGAGGUACCAUUUAUACAAGCAUGGCCGGUAUCCGAUACCCAACGACGAAACGGAGCAAGAUCGGGAAGACAUGAAGCAUGCUAUGAUGAUGGAACUCUGCGACGGAAGCCUGUUCUAUGCCCCGAUAGGGGACUUUCCCAAGAAGAUCAUGGACAUUGGCACCGGGACUGGUAUCUGGGCUAUCGAAGUUGGUGAUUUGUUUCCGGACGCGGAAAUCCUUGGGACUGAUUUGUCUCCCAUUCAGCCGGAAUGGGUACCGCAAAACGUUAGGUUCAUGGUGGACGACUGCGAGGACGACUGGCUGAACGGCUUCGGGUGGGACUUUGUCCAUCUCCGUCAAAUGUCCGGGAUGGUCAGGAAUAUCGAGAAAGUCAUUCUUCAGUCUUUCGAGCAUAUCAAACCUGGGGGCUGGAUCGAGCUCCAAGACCUGCACGUUCGAGUCAACUGCGAUGACGGCUCCAUGCCCAUCGACGAUCCUCUAAAGCGUUUCUACACCAUUGUUUUCGAGGCGCUCGCAAAGCAAGGGCUGGACUGCGACAAGCCCAAGAAUCUCAGGCACACGCUCGAGCGCGCUGGCUUCGUCAACAUCCAGUGCGUCAGGAAGAAGGUCCCCAUCGGCGUGUGGGCAAAAGACCCCGCGUUACGGAUAGUCGGGCACUAUAUGAAGACCGCCAUCCUCGACGUCAUCCCGGCGCUUGCAGGCAAGCCGUUCGAGGACAUUCAGGUCUCCAAGGUCGAGAGCGCCGUUUGGCUGGCCAAGCUCAGGCAAUCACUGGAAGACACCAACGUCCAUCGGUACUUUACCUUCUUUUUCUGGUUCGCACAGAAGCCGCUGCCAUGA